CGACCAUCCCUUGGUUCUGGCUUUCCCGAAACUAGGCUUUCAUAUCUCUCUGAGGCUACGAUACAACCAACAACUUGGACUUGGAACUGGACAUAGCUUUAUAUCGACUUCAAGACGAUCACUCAAAAAAAUGGCUAGCACUGGAUCUGAGAAUGUUCUCAUUGGUGUCAUCGGUGGAAGUGGCUUGUACCACCUCGAUAACCUCACCUUCGUGAAAGAGGUUAACCCAGAGACGCCCUGGGGUUACCCCUCCGCUCCGCUCCAAAUCUGCUCUCUCCCCUCCGGCACACUCAUCGCCUUCCUCGCCCGCCACGGCGCAGGACACUCAAUCAACCCAUCCGCCGUCCCCUCGCGCGCGAACAUCGCAGCGCUCAAGUCUCUCGGCGUCCGUGCGAUACUCGCGUUCAGUGCCGUCGGAAGUCUGAGGGAGGAGAUCGCACCGGGCGAUUUCGCGCUGUGUGAGCAGAUUAUUGAUCGCACGAAGGGUGUGAGGCCGGCGAGUUUCUUUGAGGGGACGAGUGUGGUCGCGCAUGCGAUGUUUGGCGACCCGUUCUCGAACCGCCUUAUGAAAUGGCUUGAGGCCCCUAUCCUCAAGGCAUUUGCCUCAGAAGGCCGCAACGUCAAACUUCACACAGGCAAAACCAUUGUCUGCAUGGAAGGACCUCAAUUCUCUACACGGGCGGAGAGUCUGAUGUAUAGGCAGUGGGGAGGGGACUUGAUUAACAUGAGUGUGUUGCCGGAGGCGAAGUUGGCUAGGGAGGCGGAGAUCAGUUACGCCCUCGUCGCCACCGCCACAGACUACGACUCCUGGCGCCCACACUCCGCCUCCGUAACCGCGGCCGAAGUCUUCAAAACCCUCAAAGCCAACGCCGAUACCUCCCGCCACGUCGCUGCAACGAUCCUCGAGGAGUUGCACCAAGAGGCUCUGAAGGGAGAUUUGUUGGAGGAAGAGAAAGGGAGCAUGAAGUUUAGUAUCAUGCCGAGGAGCGUGGCUACGAAGGAGGAGGAUAGGCAGAAGCUGAAGUAUAUUUUGCCUGAGUAUUUCUCGAAUUAAGGGACUCGGCCUCGAGAGGAUAGAUGGUGGUGUAAAAGCCGGGUAGGCAGAGUGAAGUCAAGAGGGCAAGAUGUACGGUAGGAUAGGAGGCUGACCUUACCUGGUCUAUAGAUGAGAUGAGAAGUAACUCGUAGAUAUAUACAAUAGAAACCUAUGACUAUAUUUC